AUGCCUUCAAAUCAAAGUAGUUCAUAUAGAACCUCGCCACCAACAACCGAUCAAUCUCUCCAUCUCAAUUCCCUCCGCGGCAGUCAUGAGACGGGGCCAAACGACCCGCCAGAAUGGCAUAACGACUCGAGCCAUAACGCGACCGCCAAUAACGAUGCCAUAGACGUUAAUGUUCCCUUCUUCCAGAAAGAAUCAGAUUUAUGGAAUACGGAGAAUCCAUACUCGCAUCCUCAAUACCAGGUCGCCUCUCCUGUGCCCCUCACAGCGCACAGCAGUAGCGUUGAUGACUAUCGCAGCAUCAUCGAUGACCUAACGCUUGAGAUUCAACAGCUUAGGAAGGAACUCAGGCGCUAUAAGCAACCGGGUCCGGCCACGCUCCGUAAAGACAAGCUGUUUGAGAUCAAGGUUCAUGGGCUUCCCCAAAAGAAAAAGAGGGAGCUCGAAGCCAUACUGAGAGACCUUGCCACCGAUCUCGAUGGGUCUCCAGAGAUGCCAUCAUCGCAAAAGAAGAAAAAGAUAUCCCCCCAUAACCACGAUCACAUAUACUCCAAAUCUGGAAUUCAGCGCAAACGUGCUCCUUCCUCUCCAGGUUCCAGCCUCUGGCCAGCUGACUCCGCUUAUGCCUCCAUGUCAGCCGGUGCUGAGUCUUCAAGCACCCCUUUUAACCUCCCCAUCUUGACUUCAACCCAAUCAUCAAAGGACAAGGUCGAGGAUUAUCUAAGAGAUGUUCCCGACGGCCUGUACCCACGACACGUAAUCAUGACAGACAAGGAGCGGAAGAGUCUUGUUGUUCGUCGUCUCGAACAGCUCUUUACAGGCAGAAGUAACGGUGCCAAUAUCUCGAAGAUGCCGCCUAUGCGACCGGGCGGUAGCUUCAUUAUGGCGCGGGUUGUAUCGGAUGCACAGGUGGCGGACCCAUCAUCCGCCCACGAACCACCCACUCAUGGAACUGAGCCUAUCCGGGAAGCAAGAAUCCUCUCUCUAGAACAACGAUCUGGCAUUUGGAGAAACAACUGUCAUUCAAGUGACUAUGGAUCGGCUUCUGAUCCCAAUAAGGACAACAUGGAGACUGGGGGCGAUGGUGGUGGCUUGGCCUCUGAUAGCAAGCCGUCCUCCCUAGCCUUGCCUCUGUCAAAACAGCGACCCACGCGGCCCUGUGAUUUAGAUCCCGAUCGUGCUCAGGUUCCAUCUGAGAAUAUAAACUACAUCCGGCAUUUGGACCUACUGCCGCCCGAGUUAUUGCCUAGACAGCAGAGUAUCCAAGACAUCCACCUAGGCGCUGAAGGCUGGGUGUCUUUGAACCUGCUGUACAACUUGGCCCAACUCCACUUGAUUAAUGUGACACCAGACUUCGUUCGCUCCGCCAUAUCCGAAAUCAGCACUAGAUUUCAGCUAUCCCCUGACGCGCAUAAAAUUCGAUGGCGAGGCGGAUCUAAGGAUACCAAGUUCAGUAGCUACAGCUCUGGCUAUGACACGUCAGAGACUCCUUCUGGCGGUAAUACCGAUGGUUCGCAAAAGAAAGGCGAGCGCCAGAAAACUAGCCGUUUCACUAGUAAUGAAUCUCAACUCAGCGGUUUAAGUAAGGAUAUGCUUGGAUUUGAUCCGCAGCUUUGCGCUCGAGUUGAAAGUUUCCGCUACAAGCCACUAUUUGCUCAGCAGGAUUCGUCAGAUGGGCACACUUCACAGGGUGCGUCAGUUUACUCUUCUGUAGUCGUGGACAACGAAAAUCCUGGCGAGUCGGGCUUGGGCUUAAAAUACUCCGCGGGGUCGGCUGGCAAAUGGCAACGCCACGAAGGUGCUAUCACAUACUAUAGCGGUGCACCUUUCUGCACUGACUUGACGGGUGAUCCAGCUGAUCUAUCACCUACCACUCGCACGCUCUCAAGCGUCCAACCUAGAAAGGAUUCUCUGCAACCAUCAGAAUUCGCUCGGUCUCCUCGACGAAUAACAUCCAGGUCCUUCACCUACUACAAGCCGUUGACGGAUCGAUGCCAAGACCUGCGUCAGCAGAGUUCAGCCAUGGGCGGUGAUAAUAAUGAAGUUCAGGGUCUGAUGAAGGAUGGAAGUGAACAAAGCAGCGGUAUCGAACUGGAUUUGAUUUGGAACAACGACCAGCAGUAUAUAAGGCAGCAACCCUUAGAACCCUGCGGCCUCGGUGGUGUUCGCCCCGAUGAUCACUUUACGGUAUUUGUCGAUACUAAGCGGCCUAAGCAAGAUAUUCUCCCACGGUCUUCCGGGCCUCAGAUUGGGAGGUCGAAUGAAAGCAUAGAAAGGACCAUCCGUCACCGGGCGACGAUGUUAACUUCUGGUCCCGUUCUCGGCGGUUCAGAAAUAAAAACAAUCGAGGAAUCACGGCAUAUCGAGAUUGAGUAUCUGUCAUGGCACACGGAGAGACUGAUACCAGUUCCACUGCCAUCCCCUACCAGCUUCUUUCCGCCGUUCAGCACCGAAAAUUCCACGUCUGGCGAAGAUGAGGAUCUAUCUAUGGAUGCAUAUAACGCUGGGUCGUCAGAGGAGGAUAUAGGCUGA